AUGACGAGCUUCUACCCUGAUGAGACGGUGAGCAAAGUGUGCACGCAGCUAGCAUACAGCAGGGGCCAGCUUGGGUUGGACGAACUGUGGGGGUUGCUAGGUGUCGAGCCCGCGGAGUCCGUGAGAGCGUUUCUGCUGCAGUGUUGUGUGGCAAGCGAGGGGAUUGAGUUGGUGGACCCCCAUGGGGAGAUCGUGGAACAAACAGGACAAGCCGAUGGCGGCAGCAAGUUUUCCCUAAGGCUCACGGAGGAUAUGCUGUGGACUGUGCUUACAGGGUACAACAAGAGAGAGUCCAACGUGCCGAACUCUGCGUUUGAGUUGCUCAAGGCGGUUGCUGCAUCUAGAGAGAAGGGGAUCAACACGAUGGAGAUGUCUGAAAUCACGGGCCAGGACUCGCGGAGUAUCACGGGCCGGCUCAAGAAACUGGACGCCCUGAUUUCAGGGUCCACGCUCCUGUACAAGGGCCACGUCGUCAAGCGGUUUGUAUUGAGACAGUUCGCCUCCGCCGGGGUUGAGCCCGAGGGGGGUACAAAGUACGUCACGAUCAAGGACCACUUGGGCACGAUCGUGCAAGUGGUGAAGAACUCGAAGAACGGUAUUCGCCAGACUAGCGACCUUAAACGCGAACUCAAGUUUGACGCGGAUAGGAGACUCUCCAAGGCGUUUAUUUCUGCCGUAUCGCUGCUCGCAGAGGGCGGGUACUUGAAGAAGAUCUUCGUGAUCUCGCCCAAGAAUCCGGAGAUCAAAGUUAGGUGUGUGCAGUACGUCAGAGACUACGACCAAGCGACGGCCUCGGGCCCUGAUAACGACGAGUACUCCUCCUCAUCUGACGACGACCACGCGGUACAGGAGGACGAGGAUGCGUACGAGGGACUCGACACUAAAAACGCAACCAGCCUCCUCAGAGACAAAGACCUCAUCCUGCAGGACACAGAGGCCGUGGAGGGCACGCCGAGAAACGAUACAAUGUUCAUGAACAGGUUCUAUCCGGCGCAGCACCAAGUUUACGAGCUUGCACGGAGGUCUGGGCAGGACGGGAUCACGACAAUAGACGCGACUAGGUACGUAUGCGGGAAGGACUUCCAGAGAUCAUUCUCCAAGAGUGCAGAAUACUAUUUGGAACCCGUAGGGAAGCAGAAACUGGCCUCUUCUGGGUUCAACCUCGUCAAAAUCUACGAUUUCGAGGGGAAGAAGAAGUUCUUUAGAGUAUUCACAGAAGAUAACUUCCAAAAGUUCUCAGGGCAGCAGGUUGACGCUGAGAUUGGUACACUCAAACCACUGACAGUACAGAAGAACCCACUGGACAAAUUAAAUGCACAGCAUUUUGUCCACUUGAACAACUCGGUCAGGUUCGGCACAGACUCCGCGGGCAACGAGGUCUUUUUCUGGAACGGUGACCCCAUAGCCAACGAGCUGAAUUUCAACCGGCUGAAGAGGAAACACCCGAAGAAAAGAGCCGCUGGUGUAGAACCGCGUGCUGCCAGCCCUCAAGCCAAGAAGAAAAAAUCACAGGAGUCACCCUCGGCGGACGUCCCUACAGAUGCAACUGCAUUACAGGAAACACAACCAGUUCCAGCGACUACACCCACUGCAGCACCUUCAACGGUGUCUCAGAUCACCAUUGGUGGGUUCUCGGGGAACUCGCUUAGAUCACUAAAGAGACAGCGUGCCAUCCUGGACAUACUGAAAAAAUCUGGAGGUCUGACGUUUGUGAGGGAACAAUUCUUUGAAGACGUCUCCAAACAUAUGGGCUCCACGACGAUACUGGACAAGAAAACCGUGAAGAAUGACAUUGAACUGAUGGUGAAAAGCAACAUGUUGCUGCUGCGAGUGGACCCUAUCGCAAGGAAACGGUUCAUUUUCUUGCCCGAGUUAAGUGAAGAGGCGAUCCAAAAUGAACUUCGUAGAGACAAGGACUCAAAGAAGACAGAAUUUAGCGACGUAGUACAGAAAACAGAUGUUUAUUUCUUUGAUCAACAGGCAGAGAACCGGUUCAAUGGGGAGUCGAAAGCGGCUAGAAGAAUCAAAAAUUUCCAGUCUAAGAACCAACCAGUGACCAAAAAUAAGGUUGCUAGGGAGGCAGCCAAACUGGAGAGAGCCGUAAGAGGGAAGAAGAAACUGGAAGAGAAGGCCGCAAGGGCCAUGGAGACGGUCGAGAAAUUAGCGAAAAAGCCAGGGAAGAUUAAGAUGGAGGCUGGAAGCAGCAUCGGGCAGACUCUGGACAGCUAUGGCAACUCGCAACCAAUCAAAAACGAAUCAGAUGAAGAGGAAGGUAUGGUGUUCCAUCUGAACAAGAAGACUGGUAUUCAGGCACUCAUUAAGGCUGUUGUGAUCACAAAGAGUAUCAAGAAAGAAACCAACUGGGAUGCAAUCAGCAAGAUCUUCCCGAAGAAUUCAGUGGAAAACAUCAAAAAGCAAUGGACCACGAGAAGAGUAAGAAUGGGACACAUUGGGUGGAAGGCGCGUGUUGAGAAAUGGCGUAAAAUUUUAGUUUCAGGGAUCCAGAACGGAGUCGUCACGUUGGAAAACGUCGAACAGCUGGAUUUGCCCGUUCUCCUGAGAUUUUGGAUCAACCACGAAAUGGUUAAAGAGAAUAAACCAAUUUCGCUGUACAAGAACUACAACGAGAACAAGAAAAGGCACACAUUAAUCAAGAACCACCAAACUAACUCACAAAUGGGAUUGGCCAUGUCAUCCAUGAUUCAAAGAGAGACAAACCUUUUGAAACAAGCGUACACGUACCCAUUACACAGCCUUCUCAAGAUUGAGCAAGAAAGAUUGGACUUGGAGAAUAAGGUCAGAACAACCAUUCGAUCUGUCCUUUUGGAUAAAGCUGACACGGGUAGGGACGAAGUCGAUAUCUUGAAAGACGUCUCGAAAGAGGAUUUGGACAAGGUUUUUAUGGAUAUGGCGAAGGAGAAACAAAUCUACCUCAAAGGUUCCAAGUUAGCCUCCACAGAUGUGGUGAAACAGUUCUUCGAAACGAAGGGGGAUUUCCGUCCAUUCGAAGAAGCAGCCAUUUACUGCGAAAGGUUUGAAGAGUUGGUUAAAUUAGGGAAUGGUGUUAUAGUCAAUGAGGAAAUCAAGGACAUUGCCGCCUGGAAUCUGAUAGAUAUGAUCAAACGCCAAAAAGUCGAUCUGAACGUUAUUCCCAUGGAAAGGAAAAACUACCGCUUUAACUACACCAGUAGGAGGUUCGAGAUUAGUGCGCUAACCCCACCGCUUAUCUUCACGGCCAAGGACAGAAAUGAGGAAUUCUUUUCAACCCCUGUAUCAGUCCCUGUGCCGCUGAACAAACCGUUUUCAAGGCUAUGGAUAGACUCACAGGGUGCCCUGCGAGAAAGUAUAUGGAAGAACCUGUGCUGUUUCAUAAUCAACGAGACGCUUUUCCAACCCGGUAUCACAGUGGAAAAGCUUUUAGAGACGUGCUACCACUUUUUGUCCCCCAAAGAGAUAGAAGAUAUAUGUGAUUGGCUCACUUCAAGGCAGAUGUUGUAUGAGCUCCCAUUUGGUGGGUAUGCCGUCACAUAUAAGUGGUACAAAGUUUUGGCCUGA